AUGCGGCCCGAGUUGUCGCAGUUGCGCUCUGCGGUGCAGCGUCUGCUGCAGCACAACAAACUGCCCGGCUUGGAUAGUCCAGUUAGUCAAGACACGCCGCCGCAUUCAACAGGACGCACCAUGACCAUCAGUCCGACAAACGUCAUGUCCGAGAGUGGACAUGCGACGUUCGUUGUUCCGCCGCCCAUGGAUAUGACGAGAGAUACCUCUGUCGAACGCGAGUCUGGAGAAGAGUCUGGCUUGGUGACAGCGCCCAUGAAGAGCUUAUACGACCUCACCCGGAUCCGGAACCUUCGGAGUAGCGUGCGAUGGAAGCCCAAUUCCAACUCUGUGGAGGAAGACUUCAUAGCUCAAGGCAUUGUGUCGUUACCGGAAGCUGAGGAUCUGUUCAGACGGUAUAUGCAGGACAUUCGGCUUUAUCUCUGGGCUGGUGUACUUUUCCCGUAUGACUCUCUGGAUGCAGUCCGUCGCCAGUCCACUCUUCUCACUGCGGCUGUGCUUACCAUCUCAGCACUACACACGCCUGGCCGAGACGAAGCACUGCAGAAGUGCUACAACAUCUUCGUUUCAUUAGUCUACAGUGCCUUUCUCGCUCGGCCUCAGAAUCUGGAUGAUAUCCGCGCGCUGGCUCUUGCCGCUUUCUAUCUCUCGAAUUUGAGCUGGAAGUUGGCUGGCCUGGCUGUCAGAAACGCUGUCGAGAUGAAUCUGCAUAUGUCGUACCAGAAGCUGAUGCGAGGGCACGAGGACCAGCGCGACAACGUGCGUCUAUGGUACGCAUUGUAUGUCUGCGACAAGCAGUUCAGCAUCGCAUAUGGACGACCAUCUAUCGUCCACGAAGACAUUGCCAUCAAGAACAUUGAAAAUUUCCUCGACAGUCCGAAAACGACACCGGGAGAUAUCAGACUGGGAGCGCAGGUCACUUUGUUCAAGAUCCUGACAGAAGCAUACAUUGCCUACGGCAGCGAUCCAGAGCAACCAUUGACGGAACCCGACUUCCAACAACUCCGCCUCUUCAACUUCGCCAUUGAGCAAUGGCGGCUCGCGUGGCAAGCCCGAUCCGCUGACAGUCCAUCCAUCGGAUCCUACCCGUCGAAAGGCGUGGUACUAUACUACCACUUCGCCAGAUUCCAACUGAAUUCCCUGGCGCUGCGUGCUCUCCCUCCGCCCAGCGCAGCCACAUCCGAAUCCCUCUCCUACGACCGCCGCGAAGCAGCCAACAUCGCCAUCACAGCCGCAACCAGCACCCUCACUCUAAUUUUCGAGGAGCCUGAUCUGCGCAAGGCCAUGACAGCAGUACCCAUCUUCACGCACACCAUGGUCGCUUUCUGCGCUACUUUCCUAUUGAAAAUGGCAAAGACCUGGGGCGGCAUGGCACAAGUGCAAUCGCCCGAGUGGGCAACCGAACCCGUCGGCCUAGGCCUCAAUUUCAAUAUCAACCAAGUCCUAUCCUUAUCGCGGCGCUCUUCUUCUUUCCUAGCGAAAGUAGCGGAGAAUCUGAACGAGAAACACAUCACGACGCAUAUUGUCCAGGGCAUCAAUGAUUUGUUGAAACGGCUGGAUGUUGCGGGUACGCCGUCGGGGUCUGUGACCCAGGGAGGCUUUCCGGCUGCUUCGCCUGCUGCCACGACUGUGUUUGAUCCUGUCAAAGCGGCUACGGUGCGCAAUGAUGAGGGUGUAGAUGUGACGGCGGGGAACGAGUAUAACAUGUACGAUUUGAUUGGUUCUUAUGGAUUUGGGUUUGACGAGACGUUUUUGGGUCAGGUUGCGCCUACGAACUUGGAUUUCUGGCAGACGGAGCCUUUUUGA